UAAUAAUUUUCGGCGUCGGGUGGCGUGCCCGCCUCGAUAUAAAAGAGGAGGCCAUCUCCUCGCUUCGGGCGACCAAAGGAGGACGGAAUUAAUUUAUUGGAAUCUGGAAUAAAGAAGACAACGGACAGGCGAAAGGAGCCGAGGGAGAGGGAAGCCGACCCAUAACCUACCAAAGAAGAAAUUUUGUCGUCGUAAAAGGAAUAAAUAGAUCUCAGCGGAAACGUGGGCGAGGUGGAAAAAAAGGUAGACCAUGGAUUCCUCUGCCGCCCAACGUCGUCUGAGAGCCAUCUCCGGCCAUCUCCGGCAGGCCGGCGAUCUCGAUCAUAGUUCCCAGUUCGGCACCAACGCCACCGCCGGCGACUUCGUCUCCGGGCAGGGCUACAGUGCUGUCCUUCCAGAAGAGUUGCAAACUGGGAAGUGGAAUGUAUACAGAUCCGCACGCUCACCUUUGAAGCUAGUGACUAGAUUCCCCGAUCUUCCUGAUAUUGGAACAUUACAUGAUAACUUUGAGUAUGCAGUUGAAUCUUUCCGAGAUUACAAGUAUUUAGGAACGAGAGUUCGUGUAGAUGGAACAGUUGGAGAGUACAAAUGGAUGACCUAUGGAGAAGCUAGUACUUCCCGGUCAGCAAUUGGUUCUGGCCUAAUAUAUCAUGGAAUACCUAAAGGUGCAACUGUUGGACUAUAUUUUAUUAAUAGACCAGAAUGGAUUAUUGUGGACCAUGCUUGCUCAGCAUAUUCUUAUAUAUCUGUGCCGCUUUAUGAUACUCUUGGCCCAGAUGCUGUUCAGUAUAUUGUGAAUCAUGCUUCUGUACAGGUUAUUUUUUGUGUACCGCAAACGCUAAGCAUUUUAUUAAGUUUCUUAUCACAGAUUCCUUGUAUACGUCUGAUAGUGGUAGUAGGUGGGAUUGAUGAGAACAUGCCAUCAAUUCCUUCAACAACUGGAGUGGAGAUUGUUACUUACUCAAAACUACACAAUCAGGGACAUAGUAAUCUUCAACCAUUUUGCCCUCCUCAACCUGAAGAUGUUGCAACUAUAUGCUAUACAAGUGGUACAACAGGCACACCAAAGGGAGCUGUACUGGCUCAUGAGAACUUGAUUGCAAAUGUUGCUGGAGCUAGCCUAAGUAUCAAAUUAUAUCCUUCAGAUAUCUAUAUAUCAUAUCUUCCCCUGGCACACAUCUAUGAGCGUGCUAACCAAAUUUCAAUGGCACAUUUUGGAGUUGCGGUUGGUUUCUAUCAGGGGGAUAAUUUGAAAUUAAUGGAUGACCUAGCAGCUCUGAGACCGACAAUAUUUUCCAGCGUUCCUCGAUUGUACAACAGAAUAUAUGCUGGAAUCAUAAAUGCUGUAAAGACAUCUGGGGGUUUAAGGGAGAGAUUAUUCAAUGCUGCCUACAAUUCCAAGAUGCAAGCAAUAGCAAAUGGCAAGUAUCCAUCUCCAAUGUGGGAUAGGCUAGUUUUUAACAAAAUAAAAGAGAAACUUGGAGGACGUGUCCGGAUUUUGACUUCAGGUGCUUCUCCACUGUCGCCAGAUGUCAUGGACUUUUUAAGAAUAUGCUUUGGUGGUUUGAUUAUAGAAGGGUAUGGAAUGACAGAGACGGCCUGUGUGAUAAGUGAAACAGAUGAAGAUGACAGGCUUACUGGUCAUGUCGGGUCUCCAAAUCCUGCUUGUGAGAUCAAGCUUGUAGAUGUUCCUGAAAUGAGCUACACAUCUGACGACCAACCUUAUCCACGUGGAGAAAUUUGUGUCAGGGGUCCUAUAGUUUUUCGAGGCUAUUACAAAGAUGAUGUGCAGACGAAAGAGGUAAUUGAUGAAGCCGGGUGGCUGCAUACUGGGGACAUAGGUCUAUGGUUGCCUGGAGGACGUCUAAAGAUCAUAGACAGGAAAAAGAAUAUCUUUAAGUUGGCCCAAGGCGAGUACAUAGCCCCAGAGAAGAUUGAGAAUGUUUAUGCUAAGUGCAGCUUCGUUUCUCAGUGUUUUGUCUAUGGUGACAGCUUAAACUCUUGUCUAGUUGCAAUAGUAUCGGUUGAGCCAGAUGUGUUGAAGACUUGGGCUGCAUCUGAAGGAAUCAAGUAUGAAGAUCUAAGACAACUAUGUGCCGAUCCAAGAGCGAGGGCUGCUGUCCUUGCUGAGAUGAAUGCUGUUGGAGGGCAAGCUAAGCUAAGAGGUUUUGAAUUUGUCAAAGCUGUUACUUUGACAUUAGAACCAUUCACUUUGGACAAUGGUCUUCUGACUCCAACAUUCAAGAUCAAGAGACCUCAAGCAAAGGCUUAUUUCGCGAAGGCAAUUGCAGAUAUGUAUGCCGAGUUAUCUAUAUCUGAUCCAUCUCCAAACAAACAAUCGUGACUUGUUUACAAGAAGCUGAUGAGAGAAUAAAAUCAAUCAAAAACAAAUAAAUCCUUACUAUGUAUCAUAGGGAGCGCAAUGGUUCUGCCCACAACAAAUCAUAGAUGAAAUGGGGGAUAAUAUGAAGUUUCAGUUGUUAUAGUGGCUACCUAUUUACGGUGGGGACUGGGGACAUAUAAUUUGUUUUAUUAAAAGAAAAAUGUGAGGAGCAAAUCUUGUAAUGAUACUCCAUUUGCGUCAUUUUGCCAUGCCACAUGACUGAUAUAUAUGAAAUAACUAAAUAAAUUAUUGUUACUAACUUAUGUA